GUGAGUGAGCAAGAAACAGUGAGAGAAAAAGAGAGCGAGAGAGAGAGAACUGCUGCCAGCAGAACUAGAUCAGGUUGCAAAUAUUGAUAGAGAGGCUGUUCAGCUAAUAAGCAGAGGUAAUUAUCUCUUUUAAUUCAACAUUUUUAUGGGAAAUGUGACAAAGGACUUCAAUGUUACUAAAGAUUGUCAAUGAACAAGAGUGCUGAGGGAGUUCAGAAGAUGGGGAUACAAAGCCUUUUUUCACAUUGGGAAAUUGUUAGAUACCUUUGUUUCCACCCAGCAACGGAGGACAAACUGAGGACAGAGUGAUUCAGUCAAAGAGAAGAAAAUACACACAUUUGUCAUGGUUUUGUUCUUUGUGGGGACCAAUUGACCACAGUUGCAUUGCACGUAUGUGCGAUGUAUGUAGGAAGAACUCGCUGACUGACAACAACAGAGGAAGGAAAGAUAGCAGAUAUAGAGCUCAAUGAUGAAGAAAUUCAAAGGGUUUCUGUGUCUGUGGCUCAAAAGGAUGGAGUGGUUCUACCCUUAGGAAUCACAGAGGGAGAGACCAGCUCUGGUGGCUUAAACUCGGAGGGAGAAUGAUGCUUCAGAUUGGUUAGCUGGGAUAUGAGCCAGGAGGACACUGUGUUUCAGCUCUAAAGUGGGGUAGAAGAAGAACCAGGUGGAUAAUAUAAGGGAGUGGUCGGCCGAGAGUACAACAACCCACACAGCACACCUUCUCCCUGGCUAUGACCGGCUGAGAUGGGGCUCUGGCAGUGACACCACUGGAAAGGACCUCUGAGUGAUCACACAUUGGGACAUCCGGGACCUCCCACCUACUCCCGACUCUGCAGCCCGGGCCUACGUGGCCAGCAUGAGUGUGGGGCGUCUCAACCGUUACAGCAUUGUGUCAUCCGAGGAGGAGGCGCUGCGGCUCACCAACAUGCACGGCGGCAGCAGUGGUGGAAUGAAUGGCUUUGGCAACGGCAAAAUCCACACACGCCGCAAGGUCCGCAACCGCUUCGUCAAGAAGAAUGGCCAGUGCAAUGUGCAGUUCGCCAACAUGGAGGACAAGUCAUCGCGCUACAUGGCCGAUAUGUUCACCACGUGCGUGGACAUCCGUUGGCGCUACAUGCUGGUGCUGUUCACGCUGGUGUUCGUGCUGUCUUGGCUGGCCUUUGGCCUGGCCUUCUGGGUCAUAGCGUUACUCCACGGCGACCUUGACAACCCGGCUGGAGACGACAACUUCACGCCCUGCGUUCUGCAAGUCAACGGCUUCGUGGCCGCCUUCCUGUUCUCCAUCGAAACCCAGUCGACCAUCGGCUACGGCUACCGCUGCGUGACGGAGGAGUGUCCCGUCGCAGUCUUCAUGGUGGUCUUCCAGUCCAUCGUGGGCUGCAUCAUUGACUGCUUCAUGAUUGGCGCCAUCAUGGCCAAGAUGGCACGGCCCAAGAAGCGGGCACAGACGCUGCUGUUCAGCCACAACGCAGUGAUUGCCAUGCGCGACAGCAAGCUGUGCCUCAUGUGGAGGGUGGGGAACCUGAGGAAGAGUCACAUUGUAGAGGCCCAUGUCAGAGCUCAGCUCAUCAAACCCCGGAUCACUGAUGAAGGGGAGUACAUCCCCUUGGACCAAAUAGACAUCAAUGUGGGCUUUGACAAAGGCCUGGACAGGAUUUUCUUGGUGUCGCCCAUUACGAUUAUCCAUGAGAUUGAUGAGGAUAGUCCACUCUAUGGGAUUGGUAAAAAUGACCUGGAGACGGCAGACUUUGAGAUCGUGGUCAUACUGGAGGGUAUGGUCGAGGCGACUGCCAUGACCACACAGGCGCGCAGCUCCUACCUGGCCACGGAGGUGCUGUGGGGUCACCGGUUCGAGCCGGUGCUCUUCGAGGAGAAGAACCUGUACAAGGUGGAUUACUCUCACUUUCAUAAGACCUACGAGGUACCGUCCACCCCGCGCUACAGUGCCAAGGACAUGGUGGAGAACAAAUUCCUGGUGCCCAACUCCAACUCCUUCUGUUACGAGAAUGAGCUGGCCUUCCUCAGCCGGGACGAGGACGAGGAAGAGGAUGUGGUGGGCGUGGGCGUGGGCGGUGGUGUCAGAGUGCUGGCCAACCUGAACAGUCCGGACCGGACCAGUCGACACGAGUUCGAGAGGAUACAGACCACUAGGGGACUGGACCAAAGGUCGUACCGCAGGGAGUCAGAGAUAUGACCCCUGCCCUUGUACCUACCCGGGGUCAACUUUUGAUACGUUUUCUUUCCUUUCAAGGGUAAAAAUGCAGAACAAUGCAAAGUGCCAUAAGAAAAGCUGACUACUGUAAUAGGUUGGAAAGAAAAUAAGGGGACAGUGAAAGGGAAAGAGGGAUACUGUUUGGAAGGAAAAGGUGAAAGCAAGAGUACGCAGCUCGCAAAACUGUGGUAGAGAAUGUCGUCAACAAAAGGAAAAGGCCUGUGAAGGACCUUAUUCCUUCAUGGAAACUUGAAUAUUUUUUUCAUAAUGUCAUUUGAGUUUCAAUGAUGCAUCGAACAGGUAUAAUGACAAGACCUAAUAAUCCGAUACUAGGUGUUCAUAUUAUUGCUUAGAUAAGUUGUUUUGUGUGGAGUACCGUUUUUCAAAAAACAUACUUAAAAAAAUAUUUUUGCUAUUUCAACUUGCUGUUGGGCACAAAUGAUAGUGUUACAGUUUAAAGCUACCCAUACGCGUCCCACAUUGCUGGAAUUCCCAAUCGCUGUAACGGAGUUCGAUGACACUCGAUGACAAUUCCUGUAAAAGUGUACUGCAGCAUUCAGAAGCAAUGAACCAUGCUAAAUCAUUUAACCAUCCACGAGCCAUUGAAGCACAACGUAGUUUCACAACUUUAAUUUGAACCUGUUGUGAUGAAUACAUAUCAUUUGCACUAUUAGCCGAAUUUAGGAGUAGGCCCAAUAGUAAUGCAGUAAAUUCAUUUAGAAUGGGCAGGGGGGAACAUCUCAAAAUUCUCUAGAAAGAAAAUAAAUUGAAUUGAUCAUUUUGAUACCGCCUUGCUUAAAACAUUAAAAUAACACAGGAUUAUUCUGACCUCAACGAAGUUUGAAACAACUAUAGGGAAAAUAUCAUUACAUUUCUUUUUUUCUCUCUUUUUUUAUUCUCUUUAAAACAAAUCUAUGCACAUCAUUAAUGAUAUCAAGGGACAGAAACUGAAAUGAUUUCCGUAGAAGAUGUUAUGAUGUCGUCCAAUCACCAUUGCAUAAUUCUACAAAGAGAACCGGUUUGAUGAAUGUGUGUCUGAACUCAAUGAGGGCCUUCACAUGUAUAAAGUGUUUCCCCUCUAAUAUCUUUAUAAGUAAAGAGCAGUUAUUGUAUGCUAUCAAAUCCCUUUUGAUAGAAAAGUUGAAAUAGUAUGAAAGAAUGGUACUUUACCAGGUAAAUUGAUGUGUGUUAAAGGAAUACUCCACUCAUGAUGAUGGUGUAAGUGACAAUUUGCUUUUUGAAAGUCCUACAUCUUGAAAACUUGCUGACAUUUUCGGACUAUAUCGACAAUGGACUAAUGAAAAAUAUACUAAAUAUAGUUUAAAAUAGUGUAUUAUUCCUUCAAGCUUUGCUUUGCUGGAACUGUCAUCAAUAUUUUCCUAAUGGUCUACACAGGGUAUGCAUGUGGGGCAAGGUUAAAAUUAGUAAAAUGAUUAAUCCCGUGUUUUUAGAAACAUACUGUAAGAGCAAGCUAUAAACCCCUAUUAAGCACGAGAAACUAUCUGUGAUAUGUUGAAAAAAGUCCUUAGUUGAUUUGAUUAAAUUACAUCUCAGAAGCAAUAGGCUUACAUGAUCAGGUGGACAGACAAUAUGAAAAGCAAUAAUACUGAAAUGUACCUCCAUGUUAUGUACUAAACAUAAAUGGUGAAUGGCACAGAGCUAAAUCAUGAGUCUAUUUGUGGAACCCGCUUGGCUAGUCUGGUGACUCCAUUCUCUCGUGGUGCACCUGUUUUAUAACUGGCACCACACUCAUCUCUCUGACAGUGAUGUUUUGAGUCUCGAGGAGCGCUUUCACCAAAACAUCAUGUAUAGACAGACAUCUUUUGUCCUUCAUUUACUGGAGUGAUCUUCAAAGUUCAAUAACUCAAGAAGUAGCUUAGCAGCUGAGUUAUUAAGUUGGGUUCGGAACAACAUUAUAUACAUUAUAUUAAGAAUGAGUACAAUAACAAAAAAUAUUUGUAAGGUGUGUUGCUAUGAUAUGGAAGCCUAAAGGUACCAAAACUCCAUUUAAAAUGCAAAUUGGAAUGGAAGUAACAAAAGGAGUCAUAAAUAGGAAAGGUGUCUUGAAUGUUAAUAAUCUAGGUUCAACUUCAAGCACAAAAUCAAGCAAAAAAUUCUAAAUUCAAACCAAAUAAAUGUCAUAUUUUAGUAUCUACAGAUUUGUUUUUGUCUUAGUUACAUAUACUGAGUAGUUUGUAAUUUAUCAGUAUCUAGGUAAAGCAAGAAAACUAAGGUGCAUGACAGACUAAUUUUAAUCUUUGGCAUGAAUCGUAGCAUAUGAAAUGUAUACCUUGAAUUUAUGCCUACCCAUAAUGCACUGCUCUACUAAAUAGCACACAAUAUAUUAUGCUGUGUCAUGAAAUCAUUGAAAUCCUCAUUGAAAUGUGCAGUUCAUGUCCCCUAAAAUACUACUUUUCCUCUUCCACCAAAAUAACUGCCCUUGUAUCUAAGAAAGGGGGAAGUAGGAGGUUUAGUACUGUAAGACUAGCACAAGAAGAAACACCAUGAUGGUCAUUCAGCUGGCGACAAUGACUGAUAUUUUCCUAGUGGUCCUUUUAUCCCAGGGGUAUCCUUUGCCCUAAAUAAUUAUACAUAAUGUGUUGCUUUUUAGAACUUUUAGGCUAAGAGAGAUUUUUGGGGAGAUAAAUGAAGCCUUUUUGUCCCAAUCCUAGACUUUAUGCUCAUUGCCUUCUGGGAAGGCUCUGGUAUCCUAAUGUGUAACACCUUUGUACCUACUUAUAAUGUUUCGGUGGUAUCCAUGGUAAAGCAUCAUCAGCUUCUAUGCUGCAUCAUCGGAAUGCAAAAUUCCAUCAUGCCUUUUUCUUUUUUAUCUGAAGUUUUAAUAUUACCCAACCUGACUCCAUGAAAACAGAUAAUGCACUAGCUGUACACAACAUCAAUAAACUAUAUUAGGCAAAUGCUAAAUACACACAAAUCAACACAUCUGUUUUAAAAGUAAGUUAUUUUUAAAUGACAGUAUUUCAUUGAGAUACAUUAGAAUAAAAUCAUCCAUAUUUAUCGAUUUUUGUACCAGAAGAAAAUCUGAAGAAAUCACAAAGAAAGAGGCAAAAAUAGAUUUAUUGCCUCAGGUUAUCAGUGAUUUGAUUUUGUUUCAUUUCAGCACAGAAGCUUAUGAUUAAACAGGUAUUUCUCUUAAAGGGAUGAUUGGAAAACCUUUGACCUCUGUAGAAGUCUUCCUAUGGCCCAGGUGAAGAAACGUGCCCUGGGCUUUUAUUUUAAUGCAAAGUCAAUUAAAUUAUUCGAUUAAAACCUAAUUGUAAAUGAAAACUGGUUGGAGUGCAUAUUUUGUUAAAUUUGCUUACUUCAUGUAUUUAUCAUUGUAAAACUGAAAACAUUGGUAUUACAUUACAGUAGUAGCCCACAACACAACAGCUGCUGUGAAUUAACGUAAUAUUCCAGCAUUUUGUUUCUCCCUCCUAGCAAAUUUCUGUGUUGCGAAUCAACACUAAACACAGGUGGUACUCAUAAGGCCUGACUAAUCAAUCGACCAACUAACAGAGAGCUGUAUCAUGAUGACAAAUGUGAUUAGACUGAGAUCACAGAUCAACAUCUGUGUUGCCGAGGCGACCAGAUGCCUCUCUGGUCUAUGGACAAUUAUUCGAUCCAGUCGUUCAAUAAAUCACUGUGACAUACACUCACACAAACAGCCUGGCGGGUUCAGGAGCCUUUUGGGACCCCAUGGACCAGAACUGGAGGACAACCAGAGACAGGUGUAGAGAGAGAGAUCAAUGGAGGAAACAACUAGAUGCAUCAUCAUUACUCUACUGACAAAAUAAUAGAGAAAAUGUUGGUUAUAUUUCUAAUACUCGUUUCAAUGUCUCACUUCUGGGAUUCUCUCUAGCAGAUCACGAACUUGACAAACCAAUCACACAACGUCUGUUGGAGACAGACAGGUCGAGUGGCAAAUGAGAUGAGCCCCUCCCCUCUUUAUAAGGUACCACUCGCCCAAUUGUUCUCAGGCAAACCGUGAGGUUAGCGCUGCCAAACGUAGGACCUCAGCUCCUGUCGAUAGUGUUGAGUACUGACCAAAAGGAAAGUUUUGCUUAGAGUAUAAUUUAUUUGGAAGCUAGCGUCACACGGCUAGCUAUCGAGACUUGGUUAGCCCAUGCAGCAAGGCUUUAGCUAACUUGGCUAGCUAGCUGGAAAGCUAGCUAACCACACCCAAGGGCUAGCUCUUGCUGCAAGGCCAGAUCAACCCACGUUCACCCGUGCCGAGUUGAUUAAACUGACUACCCUAGAUUUACAGCUCGACGGUCGAGAGACAUACUUUGUUUGUCGAGACACAAAGAACACACACACACUUUCUCCAGCUAGCAUUGUGCUAACUAGUUAGGCUGUUAGCCGAAAGGCAAGGAAAACUAUUUUCUCGAGGAAAACUAUUUUCUCUGAGCCAUGGAGCCUUCUACCCCUGCACAGGGAGAACCGAGCAGGACUCUUGCUCCACUACUGUCACACUUGUAUCCGUGUGGGGCUAUGCGAUCAGGCAAGGACACACACUCUUUGUGUAUCAUCUGCCUGGGGGCAGAGCAUGCUGAAGCAUCACUCGGUAACUCCUAGUCCUGUGUGCACUGUAGGGACUUUCAUAAGCCCGCCCUUAAGCCAAGACUGCAUAGAUCAAACCCUUCACGGGCCCCAUCGUCCUCACAGCCUGCGGGUGAGGAGGCUACCCCGCAACUUCAACCCUCAUGGGCUGAGGUGGAGGAGGCUUACCCGAGGACCUCCAACCGUUGUUCGAUUACUCUACAGUGGAGGAAGAAGAAGGGGACCUCAUCAUCAAUGAGUUCGAUAGGACUGGCCUUCGAUAGGACUGGCCUUCGAUAGGACUGGCCUUCGAUAGGACUGGCCUUUGAUAGGAAUGGCCUUCGAUAGGACUGGCCUUCGAUACCCGAUGACCGAUUCAGGCUUAUCGAAGUCUGCAGACUGGCAGCGGCCAUACUCAAUAUUGAGUGGCACACACCUGUGGGGGGUGGCAGUGCAAAAGGGGAUUGAUACGACAGGAGGAGUCUCCCCUCUCGCACCGUCUCAGGAAAUAAACUGCUCCCAGCUGUCCCAGCUUGCGUGGAGGAAGCCCAGCGCAACUGGGGCAAGCCCUUGUCCACUAAAGUCCAGACCAGGACAUCCCUUGGUAGUUGAGCAGGCGCUGGCCAACCACACCAACCCCAGUGCAACGUCACAGACCGGCACUUUUCUGAAUCUAUCUUCAAGAAGAACAUAAUGUCCCUACUGUUGGCUUAUCAGGCAGAUUUGCCGCUGGUACUGCCAAACAGGACCUAUGAGAGGAGAUCUGCGUCAUUGCCGAUCUCAACGUCUGUGCCUCCAGAGGACGUGUCAUGAGCCUUGCUGUGGUGGGGGAGAGAGCCCUGCAAGUGUGGGAACGUCUCUCAUCUCAUUGGAUAGCGGAGGCUAUUAUAUUUGCUUAUAAUAGCAAGGGUUUACAGCCCUGGAGGGACUGAAGGCUCAUUCCACCAGAGGUGGGCAAUGUUCAAAGUAGAGGUCGACCGAUUAAUCGGAAUGGCCGGUUAAUUAGGGCCGAUUUCAAGUUUUCAUAACAAUCGGUAAUCGGCAUUUUUGGACACCGAUCAUGGCCGAUUACAUUGCACUCCACGAGGAAACUGCGUGGCAGGCUGACUACCUGUUAUGCGAGUGCAGCAAGAAGCCCAGGUAAGGCGCUAGCUAGCAUUAAACGUAUCUUAUAAAACUAGUUAACUACACAUGGUUGAUGAUAUUACUAGUUUAUCUAGCUUGUCCUGCGUUGCAUAUAAUCAAUGCGGUGCCUGUUAAUUUAUCAUUGAAUCACAGCCUACUUCGCCAAACGGAUGAUUUAACAAGCGCAUUCGCGAAAAAAGCACAGUUGUUGCACCAAUGUGUACCUAACCAUAAACAUCAAUGCCUUUCUUAAAAUCAAAACACAAGUAUAUAUUUUUAAACCUGCAUAUUUAGUUAAUAUUGCAUGCUAACAUUAAUUUAUUUUAAACCUAGGGAAAUUGUGACACUUCUCUUGCAUUAUGUGCAACAGAGUCAGGGUAUAUGCAGCAGUUUGGGCUGCCUGGCUCAUUGCAAACUGUGUGAAGACUAUUUCUUCCUAACAAAGAAAGCCAACUUCGCCAAACAGGGGAUGAUUUAACAAAAGCGCAUUUGCGAAAAAAGCACAAUCGUUGCACGAAUGUACCUAACCAUAAACAUCAAUGCCUUUCUUAAAAUCAAUACACAGAAGUAUAUUUUUUUUAACCUGCAUAUUUAGUUCAAAGAAAUUCAUGUUAGCAGGCCAUAUUAAACUAGGGAAAUUGUGUCACUUCUCUUGCGUUCAUUGCACGCAGAGUCAGGGUAUAUGCAACAGUUUGGGCCGCCUGGCUCGUUGCGAACUAAUUUGCCAGAAUUUUACGUAAUUAUGACUUAACAUUGAAGGUUGUGCAAUGUAACAGCAAUAUUUAGACUUAUGGAUGCCACCCGUUAGAUAAAAUACGGAACGGUUCCGUAUUUCACUGAAAGAAUAAACGUUUUGUUUUCGAAAUGAUAGGUCAUUAAUAUGGUCAAAUCCGUAAACGAAGGCUCGUAUUUCUGUGUGUUAUUAUAUUACAAUUAAGUCUAUUGAUUUGAUAGAGCAGUCUGACUGAGCGGUGGUAGGCAGCAGCAGGCUCGUAAGCAUUCAUUCAAACAGCACUUUAUUGCGUUUGCCAGCAGCUCUUCACAAUGCUUCAAGCAUUGCGCUGUUUAUGACUUCAAGCCUAUCAACUCCCGAGAUUAGGCUGGCAAUACUAAAGUACCUAUUAGAACAUGUAAUAGUCAAAGGUAUAUGAAAUACAAAUGGUAUAGAGAGAAAUAGUCCUAUAAUAACUACAACCUAACACUUCUUACCUGGGAAUAUUGAAGACUCAUGUUAAAAGGAACCACCAGCUUUUAUAUGUUAUCAGGUUCUGAACAAGGAACUAAAACGUUAGCUUUUUUACAUGGCACAUAUUGCACUUUUACUUUCUUCUGCAACACUUUGUUUUUGCAUUAUUUAAACCAAAUUGAACAUGUUUCAUUAUUUACUUGAGACUAAAUUGAUUUUAUUGAUGUAUUAUAUUAAGUUAAAAUAAAAGUGUUCAUUGUUCAUUCAG